AACCACUUCAAAUCCAACUCAUUCAAUGUAAAAUAAGAACCAGUUCAAAAUCAACACCGCUAUGCCGUUUUCAUGAACUGGUCAUUCUGUGCCAAACGAAAUAGAGAAGUAAAUAACUAACAGGGAUUCUAAUUUGCAGGGGAGACUUGACAAGGGAGGGAAUUUCCUAAAUUUUCUAGCAUAAAGGCUAGCUUUAGUAGAGACAAGACACCAUUGGAGCUCUCUUUUCUUGAAAUCGACGAGCACCCGAACCGUUCAAGCUUGACUCCACUCGCUUUUGCUAUGAAAUUAGGGAAAUGAGGGCACGAGUUGCAGAACGGAAGAACAAUAAAUCAAGACUGAAGAGAAGGAGAGAAAAACCUGAGGCUAGAGCUAGUAGAACCUGUUAGAGAGUGGAAUAAGACCCAACAUAACCUUCUCCAAACAACUCGAGUUAUUGGAACCAACUGGUUUAUGACAUGAUAUCAGAGCAAGGUUAGUUGCAAAAGGUUACAAGCAAGAAUAUGGUGUCGAUUAUCAUGAAGUUUUCUCUCCAGUAGCAGGACAUGACACAAUCAGAUUGGUGGUGGAACUAGCAGCUCAGAAUUCCUGGCCAAUUCAUCAAAUGGAUGUCAAGUCAGCCUUUUUGAAUGUCUACCUAGAAGAAGAGGUAUUUAUUGAGAAACCCCCUGGUUUUGUCAAACAUGGUAGUGAACAUAGUUUAUAAGUUGAAAUUGACACUUUAUGGAUUAAAGCAAGCACCAAGAGCAUGGUACAGUAGGAUUGAGUCCUAUUUUCUCAAGUCUGGGUUCUCUAAGCGUCCUUAUGAACAUACUUUGUUUGUUAAAGUAGAAGAGUACAAAAUGUUGGUUGCUUGUUUGUACGUGGAUGAUCUGAUCUUCACUGGAAAUUGUACUGCCAUGUUUGAUGAGUUUAAGAAGUCUAUGAAUUCCGAGUUUGAGAUGACAGACUUGGGUUUGAUGCAUUACUUUCUGGGCAUAGAAGUAGCACAAACAGAAGCUGGAAUUUUCCUCUGUCAGAAGAAGUAUGUGGGUGAAGUCUUGGAGAUGUUUCAGAUGCAUCAAAACAAUCCAGCAGCUACACCUGCAGUAGUUGGGUUGAAGCUACACAAGGAUCAAGGAGGGAAGCUUGUUGACAGCACUAUGUACAAGCAAAUUGUGGGAAGUUUGAUGUAUUUGACUGCCACAAGACCUGACAUUAUGUAUGCUAUGAGUUUGAUUAGCAGGUACAUGGAGAAUCCUAUAGAGUUGCAUUUGCUGGAAGCCAAGAGAAUUCUUCGUUAUUUGCAAGGAAAAAGAAGUUUGGGAAUGUUCUACAAGAAAGAAGGCAAAACACCUCUGUUGGGUUUCACAGAUAGUGAUUUUGCAGGAGAUAUGGAUGACAGGAAGAGCACUUCUGGCUAUGUUUUCAUAAUGGGAUCAGGAGUUGUAGCUUGGUCUUCAAAGAAGCAACCAAUAGUUACGUUAUCAAGCAUUGAAGGUGAACUUGUUGCUGCUACAGCUUGUGCUUGUCAAGCUGUUUGGUUGAGAAGGUUGUUAGAAGAGUUGCAGAACAAGCAAGAAGAGGCUACCACAAUUCGGUGUGACAAUCAAUCCAUAAUCAAGCUGUCCAAGAACCCAGUUCUACAUGGAAGAAGUAAGCACAUUGACGUCAAGUAUCACUUUUUGAGGGAUUUGUGUAAGGAAGGACAACUUGGUUUGGAAUACUGCAGAAGUGAAGAUCAAGUUGCAGAUAUGUUCACCAAAGCUUUGAAGAUUGGACAGUUUGAGAAACUCAGAGGAAUGCUGGGAAUGAUUGUAAAACCUUAACCAUAAACUGUUGUUGGCAAACAUCAGUUUAAGGGAGGGAUUCUUGGAUAUUCGUUAUGUUAGUCUUUGGAGUCAGUUCAUGUUUUUCAGGUAGUUUGUUAGUAGAGUCAGCCCACUAGAGUUUGUUAGCUGUUUGUGGGUUAGUGGAGUUGAAUCAUGAGCUGUAAAUUCUCCUGAGUCCUAGGAGUAACGUUGUAGGGUUUACCUGCCUAUAAAAGGCUUGGUCUAUGAGUCAAUAAUGAUCAAGAAUUCAGCCCCAAAAAAACUUGCGUACAAGUUCUAAAUUCUGCAGAUUUACUUGUUGUUUGUGGUUCUUUGUUUAUAACAGAACCUGUACGUCGUAACCGGCGAGUGAAGGAUUAAUGUGAGCUUACGAGUCAACUAACGAAGAAGGUUUAUGAAGUUCUGUAGUAGUCUGAUUCGCUAAGAUGAAGAGUUCGCCGCUCGCUAGCUAGGGAUUUUCUCGAUUCGGGAGAAGGAUGUACACAUCUCCAUGUUUAUAACCAGAGAAUAAUCUGCAGGGAGCUUACUGGCAGAAGGAUUUUGUCACGCACUAGCUAGGGCUUUUCUCGAUGGUUUGGGAGAAGGAGGGAGCUCGUCGCUGAUUUAGUCGCUGGGCUGUGCUUGGGCCGGGAUGGCACAGGCACGUUUCGAGCCCAUUUAUUUCGUUUCGUGCUUGACACGGCCUGUCAGUCCAUUUGUUAAUUUUGCUAGGCCCAGUCCAGGCUUGGACACUGUCGUGCUUAUUCGUGCUCAUGUCGUGCUUAUAUUCAUGUUUAAUGAAAAGUAAGAAAAUAAAAGAGGGAAUAAAAAAGAAGGAACAAAUUGGGCGGAGAAUGAAAGUAUUAACCGAGAAUGUAACAAAUGCAACAAAUAAGGGGGAAAAGAAAAUUGAAAGUAUAGCGGGUGUGAUUUGUUUUUGUUUACUAAUUCGUCUAUUUUUACUUAUGGUAGUAAUUAGGUAUAUAUAUUUAUGAUCACUUCUAAUAAUAGUAAAUAAUUUUUAUUGUACUUGUAUUUUUUAAGAUUUGGAUCUAUAAUCCUUUUUAUAUUUAUUUUCUAUCAAAUAAAUAUUAUUUACAUGCCAUGUUCGUUCUUAUACUCAACAAGGUCUUGAAAAUAUUAGGCCCGACACGGCCCAUUUACAUACUGUGCCAUGUUCGUGCUCAUGCCCAUAAAGUUUAUGCCUGGGUUUAUAGUGACGGAGUUGCUCCCUUUAAAUACAAAAAACGACAACGUUUUCUCAUUCUUUGGCGACCAAAUCAUCAUCGCAAAUAAAGUAACAUUUCUACGAGGAUACAAAUCCGUCGCCACAUCUUAGCCAUUGUAUUUCGAUGGGAUAUUUCAUCGACAAAUAAUAUUUGGCGUCGCAAAAGGGCUACCCAUCUCGUAGGAAAAUAUGAACCAAUAGGCAAUGGAUUGUUCAAUUAAAACUUCUAUUUGUCGGGAUUUACGCUUCUUUUUUUUAAUGAUGGCGGGUUCUAGGAGAGUGAGAGUUCUCCAUGCUUUGUGAAUUCUCUCCUUGGAACAUGCCCUUAUGCUUGCUUGUAGCACAAAAGAUACACGAACACCAUCAAUCCACUCAAGAUUACAAUUGAACUUUUAAAAUCAACCUUAACAUCAUCCAUGCACCCCCGCACUUAAGUGAGACAAAUGAAUGAAAAGAGGGAAGCAUAGAUGGAUAAAAAUGGCUCAUUCAACAUAAAACAACAUUCAUUCUCCUAAAAUAAGCAUAAAUUAUUCAUGCAAGGUUCAAUCGUAAGCAUACAAGUUCAAAUGUAAAGCAUAGGUUCAAAGAAAAUGAAAGUUAUAUGAUUGGGGAAUUUCUUCGAACACUAGGUGGGCGGACUUUAAGAACCAUUAAAAUCAUGCAAAAUUGACCCACCAAGGACUCCCGACUCAGAUAAGACAUCAAUAACACAUAAACAUCAAUCCCAUUGUCAAAAGAAAUCAUGCCAUAACCUAAGAAAGUACCAAAAUUCAC